UGAACAAUCACACCCAUCGUCUCUUCCUAAUUCUCUCAAACCCUAAAAAUUACACAGUGGGGAAAAAGAAUCAUCAAACAUGGCGACCAAGCAGCUGCUUUCUCUUGCUCGCCGGUCCCGCAAGCCAUCAUAUUCUUUCACCGCCGCUAGAUCAUCUUCUUCGGCCGCCUCUCCGCUCGCCGCCGCCGAAUCUAAAGAAAUCUCCCCUCCUCCACCAACCGCCAUGAUCUACGAUCGAUUAGCCCUCGCCGUUAAAUCAAAGCUCCAAAAGCUCGAAAACCCAGAUCCUCGUUUCCUCAAAUACGGUUCCCCUCACCCAACCGUGACAUCCCACACCCACAUCUUAUCUUCUCCCGAAACCAAAAUCACAACUUUGCCCAAUGGCCUUCGUGUGGCAACCGAAUCUACCCUGUCUUCCCACACAGCCACGGUUGGGGUCUGGAUCGAUGCAGGAUCGAGAUUUGAGACCGAGGAGACGAAUGGGACAGCGCAUUUCUUGGAACAUAUGAUAUUUAAAGGGACAGAGAAGAGGUCUGCGAGGGAACUGGAGGAAGAGAUUGAGAAUAUGGGAGGCCAUUUGAAUGCUUAUACUUCUAGGGAACAGACGACUUAUUACGCUAAAGUUAUGGACAAAGAUGUCUUUAAAGCGUUGGAUAUAUUGGCCGAUAUUUUGCAGAAUUCGAAGUUUGAGGAACACAGAAUUAGUAGGGAAAGGGAUGUGAUUCUAAGGGAAAUGGAAGAGGUUGAGGGUCAAACGGAGGAGGUUAUUUUUGACCAUUUGCAUUCAACUGCUUUCCAGUACACUCCUCUUGGUAGAACUAUUCUCGGACCUGCUGAUAAUAUUAGGACGAUCACCAAAGAGCAUUUGCAAAGCUAUAUUCAGACACACUAUACUGCUCCUAGAAUGGUCAUUGCUGCAUCUGGUGCUGUUAAGCAUGAGGAAAUUGUUGACCAAGUGAAGAAGUUGUUUACCAAGUUAUCGUCUGAUCCAACCACUGGUUCUCAGUUAGUUAUGAACGAACCAGCAACUUUUACUGGUUCUGAGGUUAGAAUGAUCAAUGAUGAUGUUCCUCUGGCGCAAUUUGCUGUUGCUUUUGAGGGAGCUUCUUGGACAGAUCCAGAUUCCAUUGCGCUCAUGGUUAUGCAGGCAAUGUUGGGUUCGUGGAGCAAAAAUGCUGGGGGUGGAAAACACAUGGGCUCUGAGCUGGCACAAAGAGUCGGCAUUAAUGAAAUUGCAGAAAGCAUGAUGGCUUUCAACACCAACUAUAAAGAUACCGGUCUUUUUGGUGUCUAUGCUGUUGCCAAGCCUGAUUGUUUGGAUGAUUUGGCUUAUGCUAUUAUGUAUGAGACAACCAAGCUAGCCUAUCGUGUUUCGGAAGCUGAUGUCAUUCGUGCUCGUAAUCAGUUAAAAUCAUCCUUGAUGCUUCACAUAGAUGGAACCAGUCCUGUAGCUGAAGACAUUGGACGCCAGCUACUUACAUACGGUCGGAGAAUCCCAUUUGCUGAAUUAUUUGCUAGGAUCGAUGCUGUUGACCCCAGCACUGUUAAACGUGUGGCAAACCGAUUUAUUUAUGACAGGGAUGUCGCCAUUGCUGCCAUGGGUCCUAUCCAAGGUUUGCGCGACUACAACUGGUUCAGACGCCGUACUUACUGGAACCGGUAUUAGAUUAAUUUGCUUUUUCUUUAUCAAUGGGAUCACCUUCUUGGGGGGAAUCACAAGAAAAAAAGACAUUUUGGCACUUUUAUAUACAAGCAAAGUUUCCAGGGAAACAAACAAUCAAGGGUAAAUUUUAUAUUCAUUUUGUAGUCUUCUUGGUUCUGUAAUAAGUAUGGCUGUCUUUAGUGUUUGAGCUGAGAGAAUCAGAAAUGGCCGUAAUGUAUGUUCUAUUUUAUUUUAUUUGAAGUAUUCAUGUCCAACACAUUGAGAGGAAUAUGAAGGAUAUUUCAAAUAAUUUGGAUAUGCCCCUGUUGGAUGCAUAUAUUCA